AGUAAAAGUAAUGCUGAUGCUGGAGACUGGAGACUGGACACUUGGACAGUGCCUACGUAGCUAGGUACCUCUGCCUACCUGUAGGUAAUUGUAACUGACUGUGAGAGGAACCGUGUUCGUGUUCGCCAUCGCACAAUUUUCCGGCAUAAGUAUGACAGUAUGUAGGUACGUGUGCUGUUUACAAAGUUGCAUGGGUUGUGUUUUGUGUUAAGUAAAUGAGUGUGGGUUUCGUUGUUUCGGUGUGUUACCAGUAGUUCGGUUCAGCACCUCUACCUACUCGCAACACUGAGGCUACACUGAGCUGCGCGCGGCGCGGCGCGGCGCGAGUGCUCGGCGCUGCUGUGCAGGCUGCACUGCGAAUAGCGCGAAAGCGAAACGAGUAAAAUCGAUAAUGCUAGUGCUCCGCGAACAGGAACACGAACACGAACAUGGCACACCGCACACGGCAUUAACGGCAUAGAAGAAUAGUCGAGUAACUAGUACUCGUAUACUAUUCUCAAUUCUCAUUUUUCAGUUUCACCAUCACCACUCAGUACUCACCAGUCCAGUCAAGUCUGAAGUCACCAGUGGUUGUAGUUGCCUUGUGCGGUGCGGUGCAGUGUCACGUUGUGCGGAUAUUGUUGUUUGAUUCGAUUCGGUAAAGCGAAUUCGUUAUCGCGGCCACGUAUUUUUUUGCAUCACCAUCGGCCAAGUUGAGGCGAAAAGUCGAGAUGCGAAUACUCGCAGUAAAAGAAGCGCCGAUAAACUUUCGAUAUUGUCGCGAUUGCAAGAAAUUGUGAUGCAGUUGCACCGUGCACGUACCGGUCUGCGUAAACCGUACGCAUACGCAUACGCAACUUACGUACAAACACACCGGCACCGGUCUCCGUAUUCCGACAGAAAUCGUAAAUCGUCCGAUUAAUACGAGUAGAUACCAAUGUUGCGGCGAUGUUGACAACGACGGCGACGACGACGGCAGCAUUAUGGGCACUGCGACGUCAUACGAGCAGGUUCCACACGUAACGGAAAUGCGAGCGAAAUCACAAAUUACUUUCCUCUCGUAACACUAUGGAUGGAGUUGGAGCAGCGCAGUAUAGCCACCGUCAGCGCGGUCAGUCCGGUCAGCCCGGUCAGCAGCCUAUCGGUAUCGACCAAGUAGGCGUGCAGUUGAAAAAAGUGCUCGAAUGGGAAUUGAGCUUGGACGCGAGGGAUUUGAGAUCGCACGCUUGGUAUCACGGCGCCAUAUCCAGAGCGAAAGCCGAAGAAAUAGUCGGCGAACGGGACGGCGAUUUUUUAGUACGCGACUGCACAUCGCAACCAAGCAACUACGUUCUCAGUUGUCGUAGCAAAGCGCAAAAUUUACAUUUCGUAAUCAACAAAAUCAUCCUGCAACCGGACACAGUUUACGAAUCGAUUCAGUACAGAUUCGAAGACGACGGCUUCGACACGGUACCAGAUUUGAUUACGUACUACGUCGGCAGUGGAAAACCGAUUACCGUUGGUUCGGCGGCAAAAAUUCUCAACCCUCGCAAUCGCCGGCACCCUUUAACCUUUUUCGACGUACAACGCUACAAAACGACGCAGACGCGCCACUCUCAGCAGACGCCGACAGCCGCCGCCAUCGCCGCCGGCUCCGUCCGUCGACCGCGCGAUUCGAGUGCGUCGUUCGAUCGCUCGUUUAGCAAUUCGCUGCCGAGGCAGGGCCCACCAUCAUCGGCACAGCCACAGCCACCGGCACCGGCACCGCUUGGUGGCCCGAGAGCGCGAGUGCGUUCCGUCUCUAGCGAGCCGCCACUCGACUUGAAAAUCAUCGAUGCCGACGCCGGGGAAUUUGAAUUGCGCUGCGACGAUAGUGCCGCCGCCGCCGCCGCCGCCGUCAACCAUGCCGAUGACUAUGCGAACGUGAAUGCCGGCGCCGGCGCCGGCGCCGGUGACCACGAUGAUGGCGGCGACGCGAGUACGAGACCACCUCCGAAGCCUAGACGUUAUACGACGAUUGAAAGCGACUUUGGCGGCACUCGCCAUAACGAGACGUCACUUGCGGCUGCGGCUGCGGCUGCGGCACCGACCCCGACGGUGCCAUACGGCGCUCGUAAAAGAUAUUCGUUGUACGCAGCUUGCAGCAGCGAUUCUGGAAACGGAUCCGACGACUCGGUGCGCAGCUGUAACGCAAUCGACACCACCAUCGCGGCGGCCGCCGCCGCCGCCGCCGCCGCCGCCGCCGCCACCGCCACCGCCACCGAUGACGGAAAUUCGUCGCCGUCCCACGUUUAUUCUGUCGUCGGGCGAAGAACGGCCGGAGUUGUAAUUAAAAACCCCAAGUACUCGAGCGACGGCGACGGUGAUGGCGAUGGCGAUGGCCACGGCCAUGAGACGGCAACCGCGAUGUCAGCGCCAGCCCCGGCGCCUGUGCCCGACGAGCGUGCAACGUUGUCGUGCCGCCUGACUGGCACGAGUGUGGCGGAGGAUUUCGCGUCCGCGUCCGCGUUCGAUUUGGACGCCUUUCACACGCUUCUGCUGCCCAUGUGCGAAAAUAAGCCGUUGGAUACGUGCGCCUUGCAGGGCUUGCAUAUGUUGCUGAUGGAUUCGGGUUCCCGGAUGCUGGCCAAUCAUUUGACCAGAGCCGAUCUCGAACUGACUGUACACGAUUUCGGACGCGAUCACGACGUAAUGUGUGGCAGCGGCAGCGGCAGCGGCAGCCGCAGCCGCAGCGCCAGCGGCAUCGAGCUCAGCCUUUUGCCGCAAGGUCGUCAACGUCGGUUCGAUUUGAUCGAAAGGAGCGAAUGUUUGCGAUUGUUGGUGGCCGUCACCAUACUUACUUGCGCUACGGAAUUGGAACGCGCCGAAUUGCUCAACAAAUGGAUCGAAGUAGCCAUAGACACGAAGACGGCGCUCGGAAACUUGUUCGGAUUCUGCGCCAUAAUGUUGGGUCUGUGUACGCCGCAGGUGCAGAGAUUGAACGAAACGUGGCAUAUCCUCAGGCAAAGAUAUACGGACAGCGCGUUCAAUUUCGAAGCCAAGUUGAGGCCGACGUUGAAAUGUAUGAACGAAUCGACGAAUCCGUUAGCGCCAAACACCACCAUACCUCACUUAUUGCCCGUCAUUCUACUCUACGAAAGAUAUCAUCGACACAUUUCAGAUUUUGGCGACGGUUGCAGCUACUCGUACGAAAACAGCGACAAUCACGAGCGCGAGCGCGAGCGCGAGCACGAUGCGGAUGCGGACGCGGACGCGGACGCGGACGAGUUGUGCCACGUUUUGGCGCAAAACUCUCACAUAUCGAACGUUUGUAUCGACCAAUGGGAGACGUGCUCGCCAGAUCUCGGACUCGGCACCUUAUACUCGCAUUUGAACGCGACUCGUCAGUUUCGCAACUCGUUGGCGACGUUUAGACGCAACGCCGAGAUCGUUUUAACCGAUACGAAAACGGACCAACUGCUGUGCGAUAUGUUCCGUACCGAGUUUCAUGUGAAAUUUUUGUGGGGCAGCCGAGGAGCGAAAGUGAACGCCGCCGAACGUUAUCGCAAAUUUCAGCGAGUCUUGGACGUUAUGUCGCAAAAAUGCGAAACUAUAGAUUACGAUCACGAUCACGAUCACGACCGCGACGACGACCAUUACGACGAUAGUACGAGUAAUAUCGAUCGCGAUACGUUGUUCGCAAACUCCAACACGUAUCGUGGCGACAGCUCCGCUACGAAUGUCUGAUUUUAAGGCGUCGCGUCGCGUCCGUCGCCACUACAUACGAGUCGAGUAUGUACACCGGAUGGCGGAUAGCGUCAGUGUGAUUGGUUGAUGCGAGUACAAUUUCAUACCUACUAAUACGAGAUGAGAUACAAACCAAUCGUGCUGCUGCGACGUACGAUACGAGUACAUGUAUCACUCAUCGUAGUAGGUACUUAUUUGUACCACGGUACUUACGGUACCUAGUACCUAGUACCUAGUACCUACCUACGUAUAGUUGAUAUCGUGGACGACAAACGACACUCGAGUAAGCGUGAGCGCACCUUUGAACAAUUGUACUCGUACGUGCCGUAAUUACCUACCGCCUACCGGCUACCUUUAGCAUCUAGCUAUGUACAAUACUAACGUAGGUACUACCUAUGUGUAAAGUGUAAACCCGAGUGGAAAUGUGAAACUAGUCAUUGUCAUUUCUUAAUUAAGAAUGUUUACUUAUUCGUUUAGCAUUAAAGUGCGAAUUGUUUCGUUUCGUUAUUUUA